GGCCGAGGUGGCAUUGCUUUCUCCUGGGCUGGUUAAUAUUUUUGCGGCAGGGCAGCGAGGCGCGGGAGAGCCGGCCAGCCAGCGCGGAGGAGGCCUACGGGGGAGGCAGGGGCCCCGCCGCCGCCUGAGUGCCCGGGGCCGCUCCGCAGGCCGGUGGCCAUGGCCUCCCUGACGCGCGCCCUGCGGCGAGCCGCUCCCUGGAGAGCCCCCCGUCCCCUCGGCGGUGCCGGCCCCACGGCGGAGAAGAGCGUGCCGUACCGCCAGACGCUGAAGGACGAGAGCGACGGCGGCGGCCCCGGGCGUCCGCUGCCGCCGGCGGCCGAGGUGGUGGUGGUGGGGGGCGGCAGCCUGGGCUGCCAGACCGCCUACCACCUGGCCAAGAUGGGGGUGCGCGGCGUGGCGCUGCUGGAGCGGCACCGCCUCACCGCCGGCACCACCUGGCACACGGCCGGGCUGCUGUGGCAGCUGCGGCCCAGCGACGUGGAAGUGGAGCUGCUGGCCCACACGCGCCACGUGGUGAGCCGGGAGCUGCCGGAGGAGACGGGGCUGCACGCCGGCUGGAUCCAGAACGGCGGCCUCUUCAUCGCCUCCAGCAAGCAGAGGCUGGACGAGUACAAGAGGCUCAUGUCGCUUGGGAAAGUCUACGGUGUGGAGUCUUAUGUCUUGUCCCCCUCGGAGACCAAGGACCUGUACCCACUGAUGAAUGUGGAUGACCUGUAUGGCACAUUGUAUGUCCCUAAGGAUGGCACCAUGGAUCCCGCUGGCACCUGCUCAACUCUUGCCAGAGCAGCAACUGCCAGAGGCGCUGCGAUUAUAGAGAAUUGCCCAGUGACGGGUAUCCAAGUCAAAGUCGACGAUCUGGGUGUGAAGAGGGUGUCUGCAGUAGAGACGCCCUAUGGGAUUAUACAGACUCCCUGUGUGGUGAAUUGUGCAGGUGUGUGGGCCCGAGCCCUGGGCCAGAUGGCCGGCGUUCAUGUGCCGCUGGUGGCGAUGCAUCACGCCUAUGUGGUGACGGAGCGCAUCGAGGGCAUUCAGAACAUGCCAAACGUUCGAGAUCACGAUGCCUCAGUGUAUCUCCGUCUCCAAGGCGAUGCCCUUUCUGUGGGUGGAUAUGAGUCAAAUCCAAUAUUCUGGGAGGAGGUAUCUGAAAAAUUUGCUUUUGGCCUCUUUGAUCUGGACUGGGAUGUUUUCAUGCAACACAUUGAAGGUGCUGUCAACAGAGUUCCAGUGCUGGAGAAAACAGGAAUUAAGUCCACUGUCUGUGGGCCAGAGUCAUUCACGGCCGACCACAAACCACUCAUGGGCGAAGCCCCAGAAGUCCGAGGCUUCUUCCUUGGCUGCGGCUUCAACAGUGCUGGAAUGAUGCUUGGAGGUGGCUGCGGGAGGGAACUGGCUCACUGGAUCAUCCAUGGGCGUCCAGAAAAAGACAUGUAUGGCUAUGACAUCAGGCGCUUUCCCCACUCUCUCACAGACAACAACCGCUGGCUGCGUGAGCGAAGCCACGAGUCCUAUGCCAAGAACUACUCUGUGGUCUUCCCCUACGACGAGCCCCUGGCAGGACGCAACAUGAGGAAAGACCCUCUGCAUGAGGAGCUGCUGCAACAAGGCUGUGUUUUCCAGGAGAGGCAUGGCUGGGAAAGGCCUGGCUGGUUCAACCCCAACGGAGCAGCUCCGGUCCUGGAUUAUGACUACUACGGAGCUUACAAGCGGCAGCGUCACAGCAAAUACACAUACAACCAGCUACUAGGGGAUGAGUACACCUUUGACUUCCCCCCGCAUCACCACGUCAUCAAGAAUGAAUGCUUAACGUGCAGAAAUGCCCUGGCUCUCUUUGACAUGUCUUACUUUGGGAAAUUCUACCUGGUUGGUCCUGAAGCGACAAAAGCAGCCAACUGGCUUUUUACUGCUGAUGUUAGCAAAGCACCAGGCUCAACUGUGUACACCUGCAUGCUGAACAGGCGAGGGGGUGUGGAGAGCGACCUGACUGUCAGCCGGAUCAGCCCUGGGAACCCAGCCUCACCACUGGCCCCUGCCUUUGAAGGGGACGGCUACUACCUGGCUGUCGGUGGGGCUGUGGCGCAGCACAACUGGUCGCACAUCACCACGGUGCUGCAGGACAUGAAGCUGCAGAGCAAACUCAUCGACUGCUCAGAGGAGCUGGGCAUGCUGAGCCUGCAGGGCCCACUGAGCCGCACCGUGCUCCAGGACGUGCUCGACACCGAUCUCAGCAACGAGGCCUUCCCCUUCUCCACCCACAAGCUGGUGAAGGCAGCAGGAUGCAUGGUCCGCGCCAUGAGGUUGUCAUUUGUCGGUGAGAUGGGCUGGGAGCUGCACGUGCCCAAGGCAGAUUGUGUGAGAGUCUAUCAGGCAGUGAUGAAGGCGGGUGCCCGGCACGGCAUUACCAACGCUGGCUACAGAGCCAUUGACAGCCUCAGCAUCGAGAAAGGGUAUAGACACUGGCAUGCAGAUCUUCGCUCCGACGAUACCCCCCUCGAAGCAGGCUUGGCCUUCACCUGCAAGCUUAAAUCUGGCAUACCCUUCCUGGGACGGGAGGCCGUGGAGGCCCAGAAAGCAUCCGGGAUCCCCCGCCGCCUCGUCUGCUUUACCACUGAUGAGAAGGUGCCGAUGUUUGGCCUGGAGGCCGUCUGGCGGGACGGCGAGGUGGUCGGCCACAUCCGUCGGGCAGACUUCGGAUUUGCCAUCAACAAAACCAUUGCGUACGGCUACAUCCGCAACCCUGCUGGGGGAGCGGUCUCGCUGGAUUUUGUGAAGAGCGGCAACUACAAGCUGGAGCGGAUGGGAGUUACCUACGCAGCCCAGGCGCACAGCAAGUCCCCCUUCGACCCGGACAACAAGCGAGUGAGGGGCAUAUACUGAGCGACAGGCGGCGGAGCCGUGGCGGCGGGCAGCGGACGAGCCGACGCUGAUGACCACGGGGUGGGGAGAGCGAACGGAGAAAUUCCCAGGUCCCUGGGUGACCCAGCAGGCUCCCGGGGCAAACCCACAGUCUGCAGUGAACUCAUCAAGUGAACGUGGGUCAAAUUAAAGGGGAAGAAGGAAAAGAGAUUCCAAAAAGGUGAAAGAUUUUGUUUCCGUGGCAGUAUCAGUAUCACUGUGGCAAUAAUUCUUUUCCAUAGCAUAAUUGGCCAGAAAACUGUGUUUUCCAUGACUACAAAUGAAAUAUUUUCAAUUUUUUGCUUUUCUGGAAACUCUUACCCCCCCAAACAUAGUUCCGCACUGCCUGGAAAUGAAUUUUUUAAUUACUUAUCUACUAUUAAUACAGCUGUAGCCUCCAAACCUGCUCUGUCCCUGGGCCCUUGCUGUGCGUCUGUCCCACUCAGAUGGGUGCCACAUCCUCUGUGGCUCUGCCCUGGCACGUUGGAGGUGGGACUGGGUGCUGCUGGUGUCUCAGGGCUGCACGCUGCCCAGGAGGCUCCCAUGGCAUACAGCAAAGGGAUUUUUUGCAGCUCAGCAGGCAGCCUGGGAAAGGUGGGACAGGCGUGGAGGGCUGCAUGGAACCACGGGUGCCACCACCUCUAUCCGGCACUCGCUGUGGGAGCUUUGCUUGCUUGGGGACGUCCUUGAGCGGUGAGGAUGGUUGGGUUUAGCUGGGGGCUGCAAGGCGGUGAGUGUCGCUUGCUGCUGGGCACGUUCUUCCCGGCUGUGCAAGUGCCCAAGGCUCAGCCUCUGUCCGUCUGCGCGGCAGCAAAAGGAAUUAACUUGCCCUGGGUCUCCCCGGGGGGGGGGCAGGCUCCCGCUUGGCCAUAUUCCAGGGAAUAAAAGGAAGUCCCAAGGGCAACUGAAGUUUGGCUCUGGCUCCCUCGCUGCCUAUAGAUAACCUGUGAAUUUGGGAGAAGGAAAAAGAGUUCGACAAAUGCAUUUUGCCCCACGGUUGCUUUGCCAGCGCAGUCUGUGUUCACGCAUCCCCCGGGAAGUCCCGGGCACGGGCCGGAGCACCCCUGCGCCGUGCUGCCCGCCCCGCCGCGGGAGCCGCCGCCGCGGGCGCCUUGGCCCUGCCACCAGCCCGCAGCGGGAGCGCGGCCUCGGGCUCUCUCUGGCCUUGUUAAAUUAGACACCGUUGAGGGCAGCAAGGGGCUUUUACUGCCUGCUCCCGCAGCAAAGCGAGGGCAGCCCCUGGCCGAAGCUUUUAUCCAUCCAUAGAAAUAAUCAUGCUAUGUGCUUUUCUUUUUAUUUAUCCUGGCUGGAUUUGCUUGUUUUAUAUUUCUUUUAUAGCUGAUUCCAAUUCUUUCACCUCCUGCAACAAGCGCCAUGGGCAAGAGUGUGAACUCUCAAAAGCUUUGGUUUUACUGGAAACAUUAGAAAAUGCACUCGGGGUGGCUUUCCUGCGAGCGGGGGCGAUUGCGUGGCCCUGUGCGGAGGGCGGGGGGGUGGACCACAGCGGUCCUGCCUGCUCAUCCUCGGGAUGAAGGAGCAAACGUUCGCGCCAGAUAAGUGGGAAGGGGCCCGAGGAGGCAGGCCUGCCCGCGCCGCGCAGUGCCGGGGAUUAACUGUGUGCCACCUAACAUCACGCAGCUUUAUCUUUCCAAAAGCAGCCUGCAGCUUUCAGACUCGGAACGGCUGGGAAGGGUUUGCAUUCACUAUGGAAAACAGGCCCAAAGGAACGGGGGAAAACGGGAUGGGGGCUGCCGGCGAGGAGGAGGGCAGCGGCCCGGGCUGGGCCGCCGAGGGAGGGUUUUCCUUGGAUCGUGGCGGGUGCGUUUCGGUCGGCUGAGCUCAGGAGCACGGCUGGGGGGU